AUGGACUUCCUGAGCAUUGUAGUAGCAGUAUUGUUUGCCUGGACUUUGGUCCAAGGCCUCUGUUUAUUAGCAAAAAGAAGUAGUAGUAAGAGUGUAGGCAAAAAGCUUCCACCAGGGCCAUUUCACUGGCCGGUCAUCGGAAACCUUCACUUGCUUGGAACCCAACCCCACAAGUCCCUAUCCCAGCUCGCCCAAAAAUAUGGUCCUAUUAUGAACCUGAAACUCGGCCUGAUAAACACCGUCAUCAUUUCUUCGUCCGCCAUGGCCAGAGAAGCUCUACAAAAGCAAGACUUAGCCUUCUCCACCCGGUUAGUCAUUGAUGUCGUCAGAGCUCAAAACCACAGCCAAUUCUCUGUUGUUUGGCUCCCUGUUGCCUCCAAGUGGAGAACCCUUCGCAAGAUCAUGAAUUCUAACAUCUUUUCCGGCUACAAGCUCGACGCCGGCCAGCAGCUGAGGGCUAGAAAGAUCCAAGAGCUCAUUACCUACUGCCAAAACUACAGCCAGGCUGGGGAGGCGGUGGAUAUUGGGCGCGCAGCUUUUAGGACUACAAUGAAUUUGCUGUCAAACACCAUUUUCUCUAAGGAUUUAUGCGACCCUUGUUCGGAAUUCAAAGACUUGGUAAGGAAUAUCAUGGAGGAAGCUGAAACGCCCAACAUGGUUGACUACUUUCCCUUUCUACGAAAGUUUGAUCCCCAAAGAUUACGUCGACGCAUGAGUGGUCAUUUCAGUAAGGUGCUACACAUUUUCAGAGGCUUGAUUGAUGAACGGCUGGAGGAGAGGAAAGUGAUGAGUGGCAACAGAAAUGUUGAUAUAUUAGAUACACUUCUCAACAUCAGUCAACAAACGCCAGAUGAGAUUGAUAAUACCCUAAUUCAGCAUAACUGUUUGGACUUGUUUAUUGCGGGGACCGAUACAACUACAAGCACAAUUGAAUGGGCAAUGGUAAAACUUCUUAAGAAUCCUGAGACUAUAGCCAAAGCUCAAGCAGAGCUUGCGGACGUUAUCGACAAAGGCAAGUUAUUAAACGAAGCUGAUGUAAGUCGCCUCCCUUACUUGCAAUGCAUCGUGAAAGAAACUCUCAGACUACACCCACCAGCUCCACUUCUACUUCCGUGUAGAGUUGAUCAGGAUGUGGUCUUAUGUGGAUAUACCAUACUUAAGGACUCACUAGUUUUAUUUAAUGUAUGGGCAAUCUGGUGUGACCCAAAUAUUUGGGAGAAUCCAUUGAUGUUUAAGCCUGAGAGAUUUUGGAAUUCGGAGAUAGAUGUUAGAGGACGUGAUUUUGAGCUCAUUCCAUUUGGUGCUGGUCGAAGGAUUUGUCCUGCAAUGCCAUUGGCGUUGAGAGUGAUUCCGGUAAUGUUGGGGUCAUUGCUUAACUCAUUUCAGUGGAAGAUUGAUGGUGACAUAGAACCAAAGGAUUUGGACAUGGAGGAGAAGUUUGGCACUACAUCUGGUAAAGCUCAUCCUCUUAGAGCCAUCCCUAUUCCCUUAUAAAAUUUAUAGUACUACUCCAAUUUUAUUUUUGAUCCAUAUAUAGUAGUUUCUAAUAAAUUGUUACUCUAAUUCUCUAAAUAUGAUUGGCGAAUCUCAUAGUAUCCCUUAAUUUA